AUGGGCGCCGGCGGCCUCCUCCUCCUCGCCGCCGCCGCCGUGCUCGCGCUCAUCCUGUCCACGGCGCCGCGCCCGGCGUCGUGCGCCGACCUGUACGCGGUGGUCUACAAGGGCCGCGCCAACCAGACCUUCCCGGCGGGAAGCCCGCCGCCCACCGUCGCGGCGCUCUCCUCGGCGCUCGCCGCGCAGUCGGCCUCCGCCAAGUUCUACAAGACCUCCUCGUCCUCCGCCUCCUCGUCCUCCGCCUCCGUCUUCGGCCUCUUCCAGUGCCGCGACGACCUGUCCGGCCCGGACUGCUCCUCCUGCGUCGCCCGGGCCAUGUCCUCCUGGCGCGACCUCUGCGGCACCGCCGUCGCCGCGCGGGUCCAGCUCAACGGCUGCCUCGCGCUCUACGAGAUCUCCGGCUUACCCCAGGUCUCCGGCGUCCAGAUGCUCUUCAAGACCUGCGGCUCCGGCGCCGCCACGGACUUCGAGACGCGCCCGGGCCAUGCCCGGACCUCUCCGCCUCGGCGCGCCCGCCCCGAGUGCUCUGCUUCACCGGCAACAAGGCUCCUCCGGGCGGCAGAGCCUUGCGGUGGUUUGGGCUGGGUGGGAGAUCGAAUUAGGGAGGAGCGAGGGCGGGGGACGGGCGUGUCUAGUCGUGGGCUCGCGUAUGAAAAACCACAAGUGCCAAAAUACCAUUAUGAAAAGCCAAUAUGCCAAAAUAGCAUUCACUUAAAAAAAUUCAUGCCAAGAUAUCAUUAUGAGCUAAAUGAGACUAGCCGAUGAGUAAAAAUACUACUUUGCCCUUUACUGUAUGCUCGCCGCUGGACAAGGGAAAGGGGUCAGCGCAACCAUCCACCUCUAGCUCAGUCAGCCGCCACGACCGCUAUUGCGCUGCCUCAGCCAUGUUGGCCGUUGUGC